AUGAAGGGUUUCAGACAGAGAGUGCACGAGCAGUUGUCGAGAGCAAAGGAUGCCAACAAGUCCUCCAAGAAGAAAGAUUCCACCCCGUCCCAGGGCCAGGCGUCCCUCGGCAUCUCCCAAACACAACAGUCGACAUCCCCCAACCAAGGCACCCCUACCUCGUCUACAACCUCCUUGAAUGAUACACGAGGCAAGUCCCCAGACAAUGCCUCCUCCCCAGCUGGAACCCCGUCCGGAGGCGCCGGUGCACCCGCUCAAAGUUAUAUAUCUCAAGGUGCGGGAAAUGCGGGCCAACCUGCAAACAAUGGCCCCGGGACUCCAACGAGACAGGCACGUCCCUCCCCCCCCGGUGCUGCCGAGACAAUGCCCGGAGACCUGGCGCCUCCUCGCAAGUCUCAUGUUUUCGACCGCCUCCAGACCACCCCGAAGGAUAUGUCGGAAGGAAUCAGGACUCCCAAGCGCCAGCACUCCUCGCGGUUCGACAUUUCUGAUCAACGUCAGAGAGAACUGGAGAAAUUGGCCGGUUUCCACGAAGUGCCGCCCAACCGCCGCCAGGAUCUAUUCAUGCAGAAGAUUGACCAGUGCAACAUCAUCUUCGACUUCAACGACCCGACAGCCGACAUGAAGUCCAAAGAGAUCAAAAGGCUGGCUCUUCACGAACUCUUAGAUUACGUUGCCAACAACCGUUCCGUGAUCACAGAGCCCAUGUACCCUCGAGUGGUGGAAAUGUUCGCCAAGAACCUGUUUCGACCGAUCCCGCCUCCCAUGACCCCCCAGGGCGAGGCGUUUGACCCAGAGGAAGAUGAACCCGUGUUGGAAGUGGCAUGGCCUCAUAUCCAAGUUGUUUAUGAGUUCUUCUUGCGCUUCAUUGAAAGCCAAGAUUUCAAUACGAAUAUCGCAAAGGCGUACAUCGAUCAUCAAUUUGUGCUUCAGCUGCUGGAUCUAUUCGAUUCAGAGGACCCUCGGGAACGUGAUUUCCUGAAGACUACCCUGCACCGUAUUUAUGGAAAGUUCUUGAACUUGCGGUCCUAUAUCCGACGCUCAAUCAACAACGUUUUCUUCCAGUUCAUGUACGAGACCGAAAGACACAACGGAAUCGCUGAGCUGUUGGAGAUUCUGGGUUCCAUCAUCAACGGCUUUGCCCUGCCUCUCAAGGAGGAACAUAAGCUCUUCUUGACUCGUGUUCUACUCCCCAUGCACAAGGUGAAGAGCUUGAGCAUGUAUCACCCCCAACUGGCCUAUUGUAUCGUCCAGUUUUUGGAGAAGGAUUCGACCCUGACUGAAGAUGUCGUUCUUGGACUUUUACGCUACUGGCCAAAGACCAACAGCACUAAGGAGGUUAUGUACCUCAACGAAGUCGAAGACAUCUUUGAAGUUAUGGAUCCUGCUGAGUUCGCUAAAGUGCAAGAGCCUCUAUUCAACCAGCUGGCCAAGUCUGUGGCCAGCCCCCACUUCCAGGUCGCCGAGCGUGCCUUAUAUUUCUGGAACAACGAGUAUUUCUGCAACCUCGUAAGCGACAAUGUGGAAACCAUUCUUCCCAUUAUGUUCGCCCCGCUCUACGAGAACUCCAAGGGCCACUGGAACCGUACUAUCCACAGCAUGGUAUACAACGCCAUGAAAAUGUUCAUGGAGAUCAAUCCGCAGCUUUUCGACGAGUGCUCGCAUGAGUACACCGAACACCAGAACAACGCCGAGCAGCGAGAGAAAUCACGCCUGGAUCGCUGGGAUCUGAUCGAACAACAAGCGACCAUGCGGAAGAACGGCGCACCACCUCCGCCUGCUCCAGCUCUCGAUGUGCCCGAGCCGAUCGACGAGGUGGAAGCAAUGACUCACGAGAGCCAGAAGCGGCUGAACACCCUUAAAAUCCAAGAGGAAACAGAAGCGCCAAAGGAGCGCCCUGCGCGAGAGGGAACGGGAACCCCUACGUCGGUGAGUUCGAUGCAUCUCUGA